AUGGGAGCUGAAGGCAGCAAGUGCCCACAUGAAUCUCUCGCCGAAAAGCGCUACAAAAUCGAACGGCCAAAAAAGAAAAGAGGUAAAGUUUCAGGAAGAAACAUCUCAUUAUCCCUGAAAAUUUUCUGGAUGAGAAUUAAUCGGCUAUACAUCACAAAUUCUCAAAUCAAUUUAAAAACCCGGACAAACUUCUAGAAAGUCUCAAAAUAGAAUGAAAAGCGGAAUGAAAAGUUUUUUCGAAGUCUAUAGCUUUUCCAGUUUCAAACAAGUUUUGAAAAGAGGGAAAUCAAAAGUUCACAAGUUUUUUUUGGACUUGCUCUGGUACAUGCUAAAUUGCACAUAACUAAGUUGCAAGCAUUAAUUUCUGAAUUGUUUCUCACGGCAGCUACGAUAUCCUCAAUUUUUUAUGACGAGUCGUCUGAGAGACAGCUGUGCUGAAAAUAUUUCCGCCUGUUUCGGAUCACCCCACUUCCCACGCACAUUAAAACUAUUUAUAGCCAUUUUCACAGUAACCUGUUGUUUUAUGAACACUACAGAAAUAACUUCUUUCUCACAUGUUACGUGCUUUUUUCAAAAUUAUUUUUCGGGAAUUGUGUUUAGCGAUGAUAGAAUUUGUCGCACUUGUGAACCGCUCUUGCGGCGAGUUUCGCAGGGGCAAAAAAACGUAUAGAAAUUGUUAUUCUUAAAAGGAACUUCUGUUUCGAUCCAAGAAAAAAAAACAGGGAAAAAAACCUGGACCGAAGUUGAGGAAAAAAACUAUUUCACUCGAAAAACAAGCAGUGCAGGGAAUAGUUUCUAAAAAAAAGAUAAAACUAUAGUUUUCUGUAAAUUUCUCAGUUGAGUGUUUUUUAGAAAGGCUUUGGGUAACUUCAAUCUCUAAAUAACAUCACUACAAAAAGUUCAUAAAAAAUCAGAUUGUAGAAAAACAAAAUACUUUGACCAAAACAAACUAUUCACCAAAUUUUCAGCCAGUAGCAGCGUUUGCGGCGAAACAGCUCUACAAGCCAGCCACACUCCAAAACAUUCUUCCAUCGGUGACGCUCAGACUACCAGCCGAUCUUCCAUAGAACCCUCAGUUCGCUCGUGAGUUCAUGUUUUUUUUUUCAAAUUUUGUUUGACGUUUUUUAAAAAUUCUUAAAAGUGGAAACCUUAUCUAAUUCAAAAAUCCUCAUCGAAAUUGAUUUUCAAAAGCUUUUGAUUUGUUUUUUUCCAGGCGGGAACCAUCAGAUAACAGUGAAAACGACCAAAAUCGCGAGCUUGAGAGCUUGAAAGGAGUUCCUUGCAAGCACUUCCUGACGCGUCGCGAACGAGUUCUUUUGGAACAAAGUUGGAGAAAAACUAAAAAGGUAAAUUCCUCAGAUCGAAAAUCAGUGAUUUUUUCUGAAACUCGCAGACGGGAGCCGAUCAUGUCGGAGCUAAAAUAUUUUUCAUGGUUCUCACUGCUCAGCCAGACAUCAAAGCCAUUUUCGGGCUCGAGAAAAUCCCCACUGGUCGGCUGAAGUACGAUCCUCGAUUCCGACAACAUGCUCUCGGUUCGUUCUUUUUAAAGAGGAAAGAUAAAUCUUUUCGCUUGAGUUUCUAUAGAAAGAUUGUCAUUCGAUUUGUUAGGUCGGUUUGUCUCAGUAUAAGAAAAUCCGAAGGCUCGAAAACUUAAAAUUACCUUUCAACACUUGUUUUGAAAACAAUUGGAAAUUAAAAAAAGGGUCAACCCUUGUAUUGAUCGAAAAAAAAUGUAAUUGUUCACAUUUUCAUAAAUUAUUUUACUUUUCAAACUUCUCAACAUCAUCCAGUGAACUUUCACAGCUAACCUUUCUUAUGAUAAUUUCGGACAUUCCUGUUAAUUUAAUUAUAUUUAAUUACAGUGUACACAAAGACCCUGGACUACGUGAUCAGAAACAUCGAGUUCCCGGGCAAAAUUGAAGUCUAUUUUGAGGUGAAUUGGAAAAACUCAAUUAAAUUGAACCUUUCUGUUUUCAGAGCCUUGGAAAACGUCAUGUCGCUUUGCAAGGUCGUGGCUUCAACCCAGUCUACUGGGAGACCUUUGCGGAAUGUAUGACUCAAGCCGCAGUUGAAUGGGAGGCCAAUCGUCAGCGUCCGACUUUAGGUGCUUGGCGGAACUUGGUAACUUUCUAACCUUAUAUCGAGCUGAUUAUGGUAAUUCAGAUAUCCUGCAUAAUUUCGUUCAUGAGAGGAGGUUUCGAUGAAGAGAAAGCAAAAGGGAAAACUUACACAUACACACAGCCAUACGCUGGACGAACACGUAGACCUGCUGGCUCAUACGCACAUUUCCACUGA